GCAGCGCCCGGGAUGAACCUGGAGGGCGGCGGGCGCGGCGCGGACUUCGGCAUGAGCGCGGUGAGCUGCGGCAACGGGAAGCUCCGCCAGUGGCUGAUCGACCAGAUCGACAGCGGCAAGUACCCGGGGCUGGUGUGGGAGAACGAGGAGAAGAGCAUCUUCCGCAUCCCGUGGAAGCACGCGGGCAAGCAGGACUACAACCGCGAGGAGGACGCCGCCCUCUUCAAGGCUUGGGCACUAUUUAAAGGAAAAUUCCGAGAAGGCAUCGAUAAGCCAGACCCUCCUACCUGGAAGACUCGCUUGCGGUGUGCUUUGAACAAGAGCAACGACUUUGAGGAGCUGGUGGAGAGGAGCCAGCUGGACAUCUCAGACCCAUACAAAGUGUACAGGAUCGUCCCAGAGGGGGCCAAGAAAGGCGCCAAGCAGCUCGCGCUGGAGGACCCUCAGAUGACCAUCAGCCACGCCUACUCCAUGACGACACCCUACACCUCCCUCCCAGCCCAGCAGGUCCAUAACUACAUGAUGCCGCCCCACGACCGCAGCUGGAGGGAUUACGUCCCUGACCAGCCACACCCAGAAAUCCCGUAUCAGUGCCCCAUGCCUUUUGGUCCCCGAAACCACCACUGGCAAGGUCCAGCUUGUGAAAACGGUUGCCAGGUGACAGGAACCUUUUAUGCUUGUGCCCCACCUGAGUCCCCGGCUCCCGGAAUCCCCAUAGAGCCAAGCAUAAGGUCUGCAGAAGCCUUAGCGCUCUCAGACUGCCGGCUGCACAUCUGCUUGUACUACCGGGAGAUCCUGGUAAAGGAGCUGACCACGACCAGCCCUGAAGGCUGCCGGAUCUCCCACGGACACACCUACGAUGCCAGCAACCUGGACCCGGUCCUGUUCCCCUACCCGGAGGACAACGGACAGAGAAAGAACAUAGAGAAGCUGCUGAGCCACCUGGAGAGGGGUGUGGUCCUGUGGAUGGCCCCGGAUGGGCUCUAUGCCAAGAGACUGUGCCAGAGCAGGAUCUACUGGGACGGGCCCUUGGCGCUGUGCAGCGACCGGCCCAACAAGCUGGAGAGAGACCAGACCUGCAAGCUCUUCGACACGCAGCAGUUUCUGUCAGAGCUGCAGGCCUUCGCUCACCACGGCCGGCCCCUGCCGCGCUUCCAGGUGACUCUGUGCUUCGGGGAGGAGUUCCCGGACCCUCAGAGGCAGAGGAAGCUCAUCACGGCUCACGUGGAACCCCUUCUAGCCAGACAACUGUAUUAUUUUGCUCAACAAAACAGUGGACAUUUCCUGCGGGGUUACGAUUUACCAGAGCACAUCAGCAGCCCCGAGGACUACCACAGAUCCAUCCGACAUUCCUCCAUUCCAGAGUGAAAACCAUCCAGACAAAUGACUUCUUUAAUUGUAAGUAUUUGGCUUUGACAAGGACAGCCGAGGGACUGCCCUCUCUCUUACCUCCAGAGCUGAGGAAAAUUGCAGCUCACAGCAAGGAUGGGUGUAGAAAAUCAGCUGCCUCUGACAGGAAGAUGAGCUUAUUUCAGAAGGAACUGUAGUCUUCAGGUCUGAUGGGCAGACAGCUCCGCUGCUCCGCUGACUGCCACCUUUCAUACCAUGAAUCUCACCAAGCAUUUCUUCAUUCUCUAAAAUAGAAGCUGGAAUAUGGUUCUCUUUUGAAGACUGAGAAAGCUUGUGUUUUGGCAAAAACUUCAGUAUUGUAUCAUUUCUCAGGGAAACAAAGUCCAAAUUGCAGACCACACUGCACAUCCAAAAGAACUGUAUUCAUGUUUUAGGAGCCACAGUUCGCGUGGAAAUAUUGCUGAGGGAUAGAAGCCGAAUCACCUGCCCCGGCCGGGUCUCUGCAGAGUCCACCCUUGCACCCCAUUUCCUCUCCUUGGCCUGCCCUGGAAGCUAGUUGGUGAACUCUGUUGCCAUUUCCUUCAGCCAAAAAACCUUAGGCCUACUUCCACAUAGGAAUAAUUCAUUUGGUUCUUGUUUCUCAUUCUCUAGAAAUUAUUACUAAGACUUUUUUCUUAAAGAAGAAGAAGGAAAAAAAUCAACAGACCCAGUACUAAAGAUGUAUUUUUAAAGCGUGGUGACAUUUCCCCUCUUCUGUUUGUUAUGUUGGGGUAUUGGUAGUAUCCAUGACAACACUGAGAGGCGGAGCUGGGGCUCAGGUUGUGAGCCCAUCCGAAGACCCAGGCAGGCUUCUGCUAGUUGUGUAACUGCACACUCAGGGGCUGUUUCUGCUUAUUUUGUAUAUUAGAUGCUUCCUCAUGCCAAUAAUAGUUUGGCAGGGCCUUAAAAUUACUGGGCUUUUGCCAAAUCUAUUUUUGAACAGAAUCCCACCAAUUCCCAAUUGCCUGGAUUCACCAGACUGCUUCCCUUCGUGUCUUGGGUAGACAGGGGUGCUGCCCUCCAGGAUUUUUUCUCCUACUACAAAAUAGCUGGCAUUACUUCCAGGCUCAGCAAAAGAGUCAAUAGUUCCAAAGUAUGUGGCUUUCUUAUACUAAGCUUUAUUCUGUAAUUCAUUCAGCAAGCACUUAGUAAAUGCCGGUUGUAUCCCUCGCAUUACACAAGUUACAGCCUUUAUCAAGUAUAGAAUGCAAUGAAGCCCUGGAAUGUCAAUUCUUUUAUUUUUAAAAAA